AAUACUAUGGAGGGGGUGUUGGAGAUCCAAAACGAGGUUUGAAACGCGGACUACGUACUGUGAUGUAGUGUGUGCACUUCCGCUUGAUAUAUUCAUGUCUUUGGAAUAGCACCCAGCAAGGUGGACCUUUUAGGAAAGGGUCAUGAAAGUUCUGAUUUCAUAUGUUCAGUAUUUCAUGAUAUUCUGGUGGUAGGUCAGUCUGGAGACAACUCCUCGCACAACAAUCAACUACUUUCUCAUAGAGACAGUAAUAAUGAAGAAAUGCAAAAUUCAGUUGAAUAAGAGGAUCUUGAAUCUCACCCUGGAGAUCAUCUAUCUGCUGACUGGGGAGGAUUGGAUAGUAGUGAAAAAAUCAAGUGAAAAUGCCACAAAAAGCAAUACUCGCUGUGUUUUACAAGGAUUUUGUAGAACCCAGAGUUCCAGCACAUUGUCCCCUAACUCAUUGAUUCAUGAGAGAAACAACAAGAAGAUUCUCGAAAUAACCAACCAAAUAAUUAAUCUGCUGACUGGAGAGGUUCCAAUAAGGUUUGAAGAUGUUACUGUGUAUUUUUCCAUGGAGGAAUGGGAAUAUUUGGAAGAAAACAAAGAUCUUUACAAGGAUUUGAUUAUGGAGAAUCAACAAUCCCUAAGCUUAGUGGGUGAAUCUCUUGACAGAAAUAGAUCUGAAGAAUUAUACAGUACCGUUUCAUCAAUGUGUUCCUUAAAUGAAGAUUUAAGUAACAGUAACACUAACUUGACUGAUGUAUACCUUAGAAUAAAUAAAUCGAGUGAAGAAGUUGUUAAAAAUGUGGAAGAGGAGCAAGCCCCAAUUGAAGGAGGAAAUUUAGCGAACAAUGAUAUUUGUACAUUGACCACCCAAGUACAGAUGCAUAUUAAGAAAGAACUAACUGCAUGUGGUGAAGAAAACAUCAAAGAGUUGGAAAUGUAUUCACUCAUUAACGAUAAAGAAGUAGAUAAUACAUGUACUGAUAUUAAGCAGGAAUCCAGUUUAUACAAUAACAUUUAUACAUCAACAAAUUAUGCAUUUUCUCAUAUAAAUGAACUUGGCAAUGGAAAUUAUAAUAUACUGGAAAGAAACAAUGGAUUUCAUGAAAACUUUUAUAAUACACAAGUUUGUACACUUUCCCCAAACAUAUGCACUACAGAGAAAAAUCUAAACUGUGUUGGUUGUCACAAAUGUUUUACUGGUAACUUUGACCGUGUUAUACAUCAGACAAUCCAAAAAAAACAGAAGCUAACAUGUGAGGAAUGCGGGAAAACAUUCUCUCAUAAAUCUGAGCUUCUACGACAUCAGAUGAGUCACACUGGAGAGAAACCAUUUUCAUGUUCCGAAUGUGGUAAGCGAUACACAAGUAAAUCGACACUUCUCGCACAUCAGGUUAUUCACACAGGAGAGAAACCAUAUUCAUGUGCUAACUGUGACAAAUGUUUUACCAGCAGUUCACAUCUUGCAAGGCAUCGCAUGAUUCACUCGAUGGAGAAGCCAUUUGCCUGCACUGAAUGUGGGAAAUGUUUUACUAGUAGAGGACAUGUUGUUAGACACCAGAGAAGUCACAGUGGAGAGAAGCCGUAUCCAUGUUCCAUUUGUGGAAAAUGUUUUAUUGAUUGCUCCACCCUUGUCAGACAUCAAAGGAUUCACACAGGUGAUAGGCCAUUUCCAUGUUCUGUGUGUGGGAAACGAUUCACAAGUAGCUCUCAUCUUUCUGUCCAUCUGAGAAUUCACACAGGAGAGAAACCGUUCUCAUGUUCAGUGUGCGGGAAAUGCUUUUCUGAUUACUCCAGUCUAGUUAGGCAUCAGAGAAUUCAUACAGGUGAUACACCGUUUUCAUGCUCCGAAUGUGGUAAAAGUUUUACCAGUAAAUCAAAUCUUGUUACGCAUCAAAGAGUUCACACAGGAGAGCGGCCAUUCCCUUGCUCUGUGUGCGGAAAACGUUUUACUGACAAGGCAAGUCUUCUUAAGCAUCAUAUGAUUCAUACAGGGGAAAAACCAUUCUCAUGUCCCGAGUGUGAUAAAUGUUUUACUAGUAAAUCAAACCUUGUUGCACAUGAGAGGAUUCAUUCAGGAAAAAAACCAUUCCAGUGUUCUGAAUGUGGCAAAUGUUUUACCGAUAAAUCAAUUCUUAUUAAACAUCAGAGGAUUCACACUGGAGAGAAACCAUUUUCUUGCUCUGAGUGUGGCAGAUGUUUUACUAGUAAAUCCAAUGUUGUCGCUCAUCAAAAGAUUCACGUGAGGAAAAAAGAAUUUCUGUGUUCUGAAUGUGGAACAUAUUUUAGCAAUAGAUCGGGUCUUGUUAAACAUCAGAAGACUCACAAAGAUAAAAUCAUUUUUUAUAAUUUAAUUUCCCUAUUGGAUGAACAAGAUAACAACUCACAACAGUUUGAGGAUGUACCAAAUAUAAUAGAGGCCAACAUUCCACCUGGACUAAAACCUCCCUCUAUGUUUUACCCCCAGGUUGAUAAAGGCCCAUACAUUCAAAUGUUCUAUGAAUUGGUUCUGAAGGAUCUGAGAGUUCUCUGUUAUGUUUUUAAAAGGAAAAAAGACAGAGUUUGUAAUAAUUUGGAUAAACCAGAAUUAGCAGCUAUUACCAGCUUGAAAGCUAAUCGUAACCUUAUUAUUAAAGGGGCGGAUAAGGGAGGGGGUAUUGUCCUGUUGGAUAAAGUUGAUUAUCUUAUGGAAGCUGAGCAGAUGUUGGGGAAUAGAGACUACUAUGAGGUUUUAAGAUUUGAUCCUACCUCACGUUUCAGGAGUGAACUGAGAGACCUCAUAGAAUUGGCCUUUUUGAACGGUGCUAUAGAUAAAAAAGAAAGAAGUUUCUUUCUCUCAACACAGGGAGAGAUCCUCAUUUUCUAUUACCUCCCAAAGGUGCACAAAUCUCUCACCAACCCUCCAGGCCGCCCUAUAAUAUCGGGUCUAAGCUCAUUGAUUUCACCAAUUUCUAAGUGGGUUGAUUUUCACCUACAAAGAUAUGUCCCACAUCUGCCCUCUUUUCUAAAAGACACAGGACAUAUGUUGUCCAUUAUUAAGAAGAUUGAAUGGUCAGAACAAUAUUGCUGGCUAACGAUUGAUGUGGCAGCUCUCUAUUCCAAUAUCGACCAUACUCUAGGCUUCAAAGCCCUUUCUCUAUACCUACGAUCAGAUCCCCUUCUUCCAGAAAAACAGUCCGAAUUCAUUAUUAAAUUUACAGAAUUUAUGUUGAAACAUAAUUAUUUUGAGUUUAAUGGGAAGUUUUUUAGUCCAUGUUUGGUGUCACUGACCAUGAACAAGGGGACGAGUCAGACCUCAGAGAGAAUCCUGGAUAUCACAUUGGAGAUGCUUUUCCUUCUUACUGGAGAGGAUUACUUUGUUGUGAAUAAGUCUGGUGAGCAUGUCACACAAAGCAGAGGUCUUUGUGUACCGGAAGGACAUAGAAACACCCCAAGUCUCAGGAUUGUGUCUUCACCUUGCUCACUGAAAAAUUAUGGAGACAAUGACAAGAAGAUUAUGGAACUAGCUAAAACUAUUAUUAACCUGCUGACUGGCGAGGUUUCUAUGAGGUUUGAGGAUAUCACUGUCCAUUUCUCCUUGGAAGAAUGGGAGUAUAUAGAAGAACACAGUGACCUUUAUAAUAGUGUGUUGUUGGAAAAUGAUCAGUCCUUAGACACAAUGGAUACUUCUUCGAGCAGUAAACCAGCUGAACGUGUUUCAUUACAAGAUUUUGUUACUAAAACUAAAAAUGGUUUUGGAAUUUGUGCAAAAGGAAUGUAUGUAGAAACAUAUAAUGAAACACAAAAAGGACAAUCUCUGAGAAAUAUGCAGGAGGAGUCCAAAUCAUGUGAAGGAGAGCUUAUACACAAUAAUAUUAAUAACCCCACUGAGCAUACACCAUUAAUACAUACAUCUCACAUUAAGGGGGAAUCCACAUGUGAUCCAAUAAAUCUAACACACACUGAGAGUUAUAACUUUAUGAAGCAAGCACAAAUGGAACUUAAAUGUAUACAUUUUGAGGAGAAUUUAACUUCAUAUAAGAGUGAAAUUCUCAAGGAAAUAGAUACUUGUAUGCCAACAGAACAUACAUCGCUCAAAUUGACAUCAAGACAGCAAGAGUUCACCUCUUGUGGACAAAAGAAUCCAACAGAUCAUGAGAUUUGUGCAUCUACAGAAUAUACCCCGAAUAAAAUGAAUUCUACUCCUAAUGAGCUAUUGUAUAAAGAGGAAAAUCUCUCUAGCAGUCAUACACCCAAUAAGUAUGCACAGAUAGAAUAUAUAUGUAAUAACAAAGAGCCAACCAUCAAUAAUGGUAAUAAACAGAAGAUACAUAAGAACCUAACUGGUAAGUUCAAAAAUAGAAAUAAAAGUGUUAAUAAAAUAUCAAAUGAUAUAUUUUAUCAGGGUGCAGAAAAUGAGAGGUUGUUUAAUUGCACCAAGAACAAGGGAAAGACACCAUUUUCAUGUUCUGAAUGUGGCAAAUACUUCACUUGUAAGUCAAGUCUUGUCAGACAUGAGAAGAAGCAAGCAGGACGGAAACACUUCUCAUGUUCUGAAUGCGGGAGAUGUUUUUCUGAGAAGUCAAGUUUUACGUUACAUCAGAAGGUUCACACAGAAAGGAAACCGUACCCUUGUUCAGAAUGCGGUAAAUGUUUUAUUGUUAGGUUAAAUCUUGUUAAACACCAAAAGAUCCACACCAAAGAAGGACCAUUCUUAUGCUCCGAAUGUGGAAAACCAUUUUCUUAUAAAUCAGAUCUCAUUAUACACCAGAGGAUUCAUACAGGAGAAAAACCAUUCACAUGUUCUGAAUGCGGAAAAUCGUUUAGCCAAAAUUCACAUCUGAGUGAACAUCAGAAGAUUCACACUGGAGAGAAACCAUUUUCGUGUUCUGUAUGUGGGAAAUGUUUCACCCAAAACUCACAUCUGAUUUCUCAUCAAACUGUACAUACAGGAGACAAGCUAUUUGCGUGUCCCAAAUGUGGAAAAUGUUUUACAUGCAAGUCAAGUCUUGUUAGGCAUCAGAGAAUUGAAACAGGAGAGAAACAUUAUUCAUGUUCUGAAUGUGGGAAAUUUUUUACUUGCAAAUCAAGCCUUGUUACACAUUCUAGAAUUCAUACAGGGGAGAAACCAUUUUCAUGCUCUGAAUGUGGAAAAUGCUUUACCAUAAAGUCAAAUUUAGUUACACAUCAAAGGAUUCACACAAUAGAUAAAUUAUUUUCAUGUUCAGAAUGUGGGAAACAUUUUAAUCAAAAAUCACAUCUUAUUUCACAUUUAAGGGUUCACACAAGAGAAAAUAUACCAUGAUAGUUUGGACAUUUGUGCCAGUGGAUCAAGUCUUAGUAUGCAUCAAACAAUCCACAUUUAUUGAUGUGGGAAAAUGCAAUGGAAAAAUCCGCUCCGGACAGAUGAUUUGCCAUAUAUUAAAAACAUUUGCAUAAUCUUCUAUGGGUUUAGAGACAUAAUGUAGACUGGAGUAGGGGACACAAAGCUUAAAUGUACACAUGAAGUGCAGUGAAAUAAAAAAUAGCAAAGCUAAAAUUAGACCAUUCCUCAAAAUUCUGUGUACAAUAUGGAGAUUAAAAAAGAAAAUUAUUUCAAAAAAUGUUUGUUAAAAAUGUAUUCGU